AAGUCGAGGGGAAGUACGGGGCUGAUCCGGAGCAAUGAUGGAGCUGGAGACGGCCAGUAACAGAGGCGACCCGGGAACCGUGGGGGACGCGCUGCAGCCGCAGACGCCGAGCAGGCACGAGAAGAGCCUGGGACUGCUCACCACCAAGUUCGUGACUUUGUUACAGGAGGCGAAGGACGGAGUGCUGGAUCUGAAAGCCGCUGCAGACACUCUGGCUGUGCGGCAGAAACGGCGGAUCUAUGACAUCACUAACGUGCUGGAAGGUAUUGGUCUAAUAGAGAAGAAAUCCAAGAACAGUAUCCAGUGGAAGGGUGUGGGUCCAGGCUGCAACACCAGAGAGAUCGCCGAUAAGCUGAUCGAUCUGAAGGCCGAGCUGGACGACCUGGCUCUCAGGGAACACGAACUGGACCAGCAGCGGGUCUGGGUCCAGCAGAGCAUCAAGAACGUCACAGAUGACUCCAACAACAGCCCAAUGGCAUUUGUGAAGCAUGAAGACCUCUGCGGCGUUUUCAAAGGCGACACACUAUUAGCAAUCCGUGCUCCCAGAGGUACACAGCUGGAGGUGCCCAUGCCUGAAGCUAUCCUCAACGGACAGAGAAAAUACCAAAUCCGUCUAAAGAGCACAUCCGGUCCCAUUGAAGUGUUGUUGGUCAACAAGGACCCCUCCAGUGCCUCUCCUGUGGUGCUGCCCGUCCCGCCUCCAGACGACGUCCUCCAGAACCUCCCAGCACCGACCUCUACCUCCCAGCUGCCGGCUGCUGCCUCACAGAUUCCCAAAGCUCCUCCAGCGACUGCCUCCAAACCCGCUCCAGCCUCAGUCCCUGCAGUGGUGGCAGCUUCAGCUCUACAAACCGCAGUGACAGACGCUCCUGCAGCCGUUACUCAGCAGCUGCAGUCGUCUGCCUCCCUGGAUGGAUCUGCGUCCUCGGCUGCGUUCCAGCCCAUGAAGUCAGAGCCGUCUCUGUUGCCAGAUUUCCCUAAAGAGCUUUCGGACAUGUUUGACCCGACUAAAGAAAUCAUGAGUGGAGAUUUGUUAGAGGACCUGAUGUCAUCAGAAGUGUUCUCCCCCCUCCUCCGUCUGUCCCCUCCACCCAGCGACCACGACUACAUCUACAACCUGGACGAGACGGAAGGCCUUUGUGACCUCUUCGACGUGCCUAUCCUUAACCUCUGACCCCGCCCAUCACUUUUACCUAAACUCUCACUUUCGCCCCACCCUGGAUGAAAAGAGAGAGAGCACACCUGUCUGCAGCAGCAGCUGGCUGCGCAGACGUGCAGGCGAGACGUUCACCUGCGGGGUGUUUUUUUAAAGAAAGUCAAAAUUCUAUUUUUGUGUAUAAAACAGUUUGUAUCAAGAGGUCAGAGGUCACGAGUCCCAACACGCCGGUAAAAUAUGCACUGUCCUUAUGUACAUAGAGAAUAUUUAUAUUUUGUAAUAAAAGCUGACAUCACUAUUGUUUGAUAACAGAUUUAAACCGUAAUUAUACUUUUCAAACAAGGAAAAAAUGAAUAAAAUGACCACACUCACGUAAUUAUGAUCUUUUUAUGACGGGAGGAGGAAAACUCCUCGUUUUUAAUCGAAGGGAAGUUCAGAGGAACAUUUAGGAUUUUUACAUCAUAAAAAUCUCCUUUACAUUCUGGAUACACUAUGAAAGUCUGGAAAUCUUUUUAACCCUUUAACGUCAGAGCUACAGUGUUCUUUGGUUUAAUGUCAUUUUUAAAUAGUAACACGAUAAUUCCAGUAGAUUGGGAAAUCUACUGGAAUUAUCGUGUUAACAGUUGAAAAGUUACGUCAAAGUUUUGGUUUAAGUAUCACUGGCGACGCCUCAGGUGUUAAAGGGUUAAACCAAAAUGAGGUCAGAUGUCAACAAACGGGACUCAGAUCUGUGGUUCGGGGGUCAAAGUGGGGUCACUGAACACAACACCAAACAAAAAAUGUCAUUUUAAAGGAAAUAUUACACAUUUGAGAAAAUAAAACUGUAAUUUGAAAAAAAAGAAACUUGAAAUAAA